CGCGGAGCUGGGCGAGCCUCCCGCCACGCUGCCCACGGUAGGCAGGGGGCCCGGCGGGGCCUCGGGGGCGGUGCGGGGGCUCCGCGGCGCGGGCGCACCGAGGCCACCGCCGGUUGUCCCGCAGGUGGGCACCAACCUGACGGACCUGCGGCUGCCGCGGCGGGUGACGCUGCGGGAGGUGGGCGGCUGCAUGGGCCCCAUCUGGCACAGCUACUACGGCGAGUGCAGCGCGCUCUUGUUUGUGGUGGACGCCGCCGACCCCACGCAGGUGUCCUCGUCCUGCGUCCAGCUGCUGUCCGUGCUGUCCGCAGCUGAGCUCGCCUCCGUGCCCGUCCUGGUCCUCUUCAACAAGAUUGACCUGCCCUGCUACAUGUCGCUGGCCGAGAUGAAGUCGCUGUUCCGCAUGCAGGACAUCGUGUCCUGUGCCACGCAGCCCGUCACGCUGCUGGAGACCAGCGCCCGCAGCGGCAGCGGCCUGGCCGAGGUCCUGCGGUGGCUCCGGGCCGCCCUGGCAGAGCCCCCCCGGGCCCAGGCUGCGGCCCCGCGGCUCCCGGCACGCGGGGACGAGGCUGCGGGGCCUCGACAGUAAA